AUGCCUCCGAUAACGUCCGGUAACUCCUUCACUGUUCACACUGGCAAUCUCAACAAUUACAUAGAGCUUGUAACUCGACGUCAUAAAAACUCGGCUGCUGAAAUCGCCACUGCGUUCAAGCACUUGGCUGCACAGAACACUGUAUUCCGCAUAACAGAAGGUGUUUUCUCGCCAACUACAGAAAUCUUACAGCACCCAAAAAACGAUGUGAAAACUUCACUCAAAGUCUGUCUUUCUACGUUUUCGGCGAAUGACGUAGAAAAUGCUGUUCAAGUCACCUUAGACACGCUCAAGAUGGGGACGUUAUCGCAGCUUAUUGUGUCUUUUCCUUAUGAUGAAUCGACGGAUUUAUCUGAUAGCGAAUGGUUAGAAAAAGUGCGUCCUAUUUGGGCUGUUGUGGAAAGUCUAGUUGAUAGAGAUUUGGUUCAUUCAGUGGGAGUAUCGGAUCUCGAUGUUGACCGAUUACGAUUAAUAUGUGAGGAUGCAAAAGAGCACAAACCAACAAUAGACCAUUACAGCAUUGAUGGAUGUUGUGCUAUAAUUCGUGAAUUCGUUUUCGAUAGAGAUAUAGCAUAUGUUUUCAAACGAUUUCACUAUCUUCUUGAGACAACUGUACCGGCGGAAUUGGUGGAAUAUGCAAAGGCCAACGACAUUCAACUGCUUACUCACAACGAUCCAAGGAAUUGUGAUCUCGAUGCCGAUGUGUUCGACUCCAUCGGUAAGAUUACGGAUACUGGUAGGAACUUGACUUAUAAGUGGGCAGCGAGAUACACGAUUUGGAUACGAAGUCGAUCAGUAAUGGCUGCCAAGGGCUAUUUUGUACAAUUCAUAAAAAAUUAA